UAUAAAAAAUCUUUAAUGGAGGUUAUCUUCAGACCUCCUUCAAGUAUUUCAAAACUACAUCAAAGCCAAAGAGGCCAUGAAGGAUGAAGACUAGCCAUCAGAAUUUUCGUAUAGAAGCCAGGAUGGUUAUCCUCCCCAUAUCUUAUCAGUCCAAAGUUUUAAAAUUCAUCGAUAAAGCCUGGAUUUUAAGUUUUGAUUGGACAGUCUGCCAUUUUAAAAAAUCUGAGAUUUAAGUGGUAGUGAUGUAUCCUUAUUCAUUUUCUUUCUUUUUAAAGCCUAAAAUCUCCUUCAGUUUUGUGAUGUAGCUUGGGCCAAACACUUUGAAUUUAAGGAGCAAGAUAUUAUUCAUAACAGUCUUCUUCUGUUUAGAAAUUAUUGAGAGCUGUUCUUGAUCGAUCUGGUUGCUAUAACCAUUAUUCAAAAUUCCUUAGCUCUAUUUGCUUUACAUGUAUCUUUUAAGCUUCUAUUGGAGUAAACUUCUAUUUGAAUUAUGCAGAUAUCAAGUUUUACCAAGGUCAAGAUUUGGUUGGUGUUCAAAGUUAGGGUCCAAGAGUUGAUCAUCUUAUAAUAUUCAUUGUGAGACAAACCUGGUUCGAAGAGGUCCUGAGAAGGUUAAGGUUUUCUAUUACUUUGAUGACUGGAAGAAACCGGAAUCAUAAGAAGGACCUGAUUCAGAAAGAUUCAUGCUGUAUGUAUAAGCUUUAGAUGUGGCAUCCCAUGGCGAGCGGAGAUGAACAGAUUGAAGGAUACUCAUCAUUAUUCCCAUCAUAUUCCAUGGCCAACCAGAGAUAGAAGUUCAGAUGUCUGAAAAUAAGGGUGGAAUAUAUACAAAGAUUGACCUCUGCUACAAAAAAAUUGAUACCUAUGUCUUAGUUCCUGAAAAUUUUGGAGAUUUGCCUUUAAAGAAAAAUCACAGAUUUUUCUCCCCUUGGAACUAUCAAAAUCUAAAGACGAGGAAUAUAGAUUGGCUGUAACCUCCAGAGUGAGCCCUCUGAACCCUAUUUCACUUCAAAAAACUCUGCCACAACCAACAGGCUGCCACCUAGACCACCAACAACUCCCUUCAAAACCCUACAAACACAUUCAAACACCCAUCUUCCCUUGCUCACCAUCUCUCCCCCAAAAAGGCCUAAAAUUCCUUCUUUUCCCCACAAAACCUGCCCAUCCAACCC